CUUGUAACUUCAUCAAAUUGACUCGACUGGCUGGUUGACAAAUGUUUCUGGAUUUUUGCGUGAUAAUUUAGCGAUAGUAGAACAUUUCAGGAAUUUGGAUCCGUUUAGAACUGCAAUGCCACACAGGGUCCUGGCAAAUGUUAAAAUUGUUGAUAUUCAGAAAAGAAAAGUACCAAGCAAACACUAUGUGAGUAUCCAAGUAUGAGGUCCUUACAGAAAUAACCUUAAUUUAGUAUACCGAAGAUCAUUGAAAUUGCACAAAUUAAGACUGUGAUAAAGGCUUAUGUCUCUAUUCAGUGAUGUCUCCGAUCACCGUUUCGUUCUCUAUAUUUUGGCCCUCUUAGAUUAAAGUAAGCUCAAGCACGUAAGGUGAAGUGGCUUUCGAUUUCUCGGCAUGUGUUUUGUUUUCGGCAGGGAAAAGCAUCGUAGGCUCGUGAUCAAAGAUUUCGCUUUCAAACAAACUUACUGAUUGCUAUACGGGAAUAGACGACAUAUAAAAUAUAUAGCAAGAAUGUAGCUAGUAGUGAAAUUUUGUUGUAUUUUAGAGCUGUCCACUAGGAACAGAUUAACUGCAUAGAUAUAUUUAUUGUCAUAGUUAUCUUCCUCCUGGUUGUAAUAAUCCAUUUAUACUGUAUCCAACCAUUUUCUCAUGUUACGAUAAUUUGUACUUCAGGUUUAUGUCAUAAAUGUCACUUGGUCUGAUGGAAGUGUCAAUGUCAUAUACAGACGAUACAGUAAAUUUUUUGAUCUUCAAGUAAGUAGAGAAAUUAAUAGUCAAGAGCUCUAUCUCCUUGCAGAUAACUUCAGUGUAGGUUUUAAAGUUGAUGAAAGACUUCUUGAUCUUAUAUUAACUAAAACUUCUAAAACUAAAAGGAUGAAGCAUCAUAAUUAUGCAUGUAACUUAGGCAGUUUGGAAAAAGUAAGCCCUAACUAGACAUAAGGUUGUGCUUCUUCACAGGUACAGUGUACCUGCGGAUCCUGAUUUGGUCGCAGAUUUUCCACCAAAGCAUAUGUUUUUUUGUGAAAUCAUAGCAUAUCAUGAAUUGUCUUGCAUGGUAAAAGCAAACUACUGGGAAGCUCAGUGUAACACAACAAUGACGGAAAACGAGAAAAUAAACAAAACAAAGCUCUGAAUGUGCAGCACAGUUUUUGGCAUGUUUCUUUAAUUUGCUGUCAUUGCAUGGCUAAUGUUGCCAGACUUAAUUGAAAUGGCAUGUGAUCGUCAAUUUAAUAUCUUGAGAUCAUCGUUACAUCAAUGGCGAUCAUCACAACUUGGAUUUCGUCAGAAAUACCCGUACCGACGAUCAAGGGUUAAAGUUGUUUUCAAGUCUACGAUCAUGCACCCUCUACAAACUGAGCUUUGCUUUGUAGCCAGCACAGAGGUUUUCAUUUUGCAAGUGAUUUGCUUAAAUCCAUAGAAAAUAAAGCUGGAGUGCCCUCAAAAACUUUGUAUUAGUAACAAGAAAAGGUGCAGGUGCACCACUGAGCUGUCAAGUUAAAUGAGAGCUGGUAUUCCUGUGGUCGAUUGUGCAAUGUAUCUGUUUAUAUAUUCAAUUUCAUACUCAUGUCUGACCUUGAAAUGAAAGAAACAUACCCUAACAUUCCAUUUAUGUUGAAGUUCAAAGUGUUUUGAAAUGUCUUGACUUACUUGAUCCACCACCAUAUAAUUAAAGUUUGAGACUCUCUUAGCAAAGGACAUUGAGCCACAUUUAUUAACUUAGUCUUGCAUUUGUACAGACUAAACUUUUAGAAGAGUUCCCAGAGGAAAGUGGUGUGAAGGACCCAUCCAAGAGAAUAUUGCCAUUUUUACCAGGUGUGAUGUUUGCUGAAGUUUUUUAUUCACUUGUUUGUAUGUUUGUAAGGUAGUCUCCCCUAUAAAAUGACAAGGGUAAAAGUCAUACUUUUUCAAGAGUAGACCUUUAGGGUGCCUGUAAAAUCUAAAAGUAACUUUUAGAGGCCUAAUAGAGUAUUGAGCCAAAAACUGAAGUUCUUAGUAUUUCUUUUCUAACUAAAUCAUCAUCAUUGUCAGUGCCAGCUUUACAGUUUAAAGUAUACUGAGCCAUGCCUACAAAACAACCUUCUGAUGCCUCAAAGGGGUGUUUUAAAAAAUGUUGGACCAGUACUUCCAUUAUUCUGACCAGGAGUUGACACCCUUUCAAGUUCCCCCUCCAAAACAGAAUAUCUACGUCUUCAGUAGAGCUGACGAUAUUUUUUUCAGAGUUUGGUUAGCCACUACUUCUCCUGUAGUUUCCUCAGUGGUGAUAUUUAGCAUGCAUGUUCUUUUGUGCUGCAUAAAAAAUAGGUAAAAUCAUCUUUGGAAGAAGUCAUGUGCGGGAUGUUGCAUUGCGAAGAAAGGAACCAAUCAGUGAAUACUGCAAAGUAAGAGUCUUUAAGAUAGUUCUGAAGUUGUAACUGCAGAUCAGUGAAAAAAGUUGUCAGUUUUGAAGUACAUGUAUUUUCGGUCAUUUCUCGCACCACCAUAGCCUUAAUUAGCCUUGUUUGGCUAACCUAAUGCAACUUUUACAGUUUGCAUCAUUUCCAUUUGCUGUGCAGAAAAAGUACAGUGGAUGAUCCUGCAGAAAUUAAUUAUCUGUUUAUUGAUUAGAUGUGGUAUUGUCUCCUCUUGUGUUUUUAGGAACUGAUUUCAUUGCCUCCAAAGAUCUCAGCAUGUGAUACAGUGUUAAAAUUUUUUGAGCCGAAGCCAGAGGACAUAGACCUACCUGCUAAAGAGUAAGUAAACUGGUUGUUCAUAAGAAGAUCUUUUCGUUGAAAAAUCUAGGGUAUCCUUAAAUAAGGAGGUGACGAGAUUUUCAUCAGACAUUACAACAGACUUUUUGUCUGUUUUUAGGUGUACUCCAUGUUCUACUUGAAUAGGUCCCCACUCUCUUACAAGUUGACUGCACUUAAGAAGUAUAUACCCACCACCAUGGCUAUAAACUUUCUCUUACUAUUACUUUCAUUAAAAUUUAAAAUGUUAAUCGAUGGUGCACAGCCCAAAGCUUCAUUCAUUUUGUUACAUUCAUUUCUUCUCUGGAUCUCAUAAUGAGCCUGCUUUCCAAUAUACAUGUUCAUGUACAUUUGUAGGCCUGCCUAUCUUGAUUUGUUACUACUGUAGCCUCCUUUCAUUCCACAAAGCUAAGGGUUUGAACUGCAGUAAAGCUGUUGAAAAGCCGAGUUGUAAUAAUAAAUCAUUUAAUCAAUUUAAUUGUUGAUUGAACGAGUUAUUAUGUAUAAUUAAGUGACAGGAGUUAGUGAUUCAAUAUUUUUUGUGCAUGUGUCUGUAAGUUCAUCAUGAACACGCCAAAUGUUAACUCAAACUUUUUUUUUCCAGCAAAGACAAGAAGAAGAAAGAAACAGGUACCGGAAACCAAACCUUUUCUCCAAUGCUGUUGAAAUGCACUUUUUUCAUUCAUUGUUCAUUUUAUCUACCAAAAGUUUCCAUCGUAAUGUGUGAGAUGCACUUGAAAAUAAUUUGCUGUCUUAUUUUGGGACAGUGCUAAAAACCAGGGUUUCACAUUUUGAAGUAUUUACAUAAUGAAAUGCAAAGAUUUUUAAUUUUAAUUCAUUCCAUCCUAUAAAAGUUAAUUUCUGUUGUGAAUUGCUUAAACCCAGCAGUUACGCCUUUAUACUACUACGAGUGAAAUUUCUGCAAUUUGAUUGGCUUAGAGCAGUGGUAUUUCACCUUAACUUGAAAUACCUACAUGUGAAAAUUACAAACCUUUUCCGGGUAGUAGUAUAAACAAAUAAUAGCAUCAUUUGUACUUGAUAUUUGGCAUAAAUACCACUUGUGAUAUUUCAAAAUUGUCUCAAAUUUCACUCGCUUAACAAUUUCGAAAUAUCACUCGUGGUGUUUAUGCCAAAUAUCACUACUGAUUAUGCUAUUAUCUAUACUAAUUACAUGUACUCAGAGAUUAUAAUCAAUGUCUAUGCAGGUGCAGUCCUUAAUAAUACUUGUUAUGCCAGGUCAGUUUGUGGUCCGUAACUUGUUAUACGAACCAAAAUCUCAAAAGCAAAUGCUCAUCUCACAGCUCUAAAUCUCUUCAUCUUGAAAAAAGAGUUUGAAGAAAGUCAUGAGAUGUCUGCCAACCCUGAGGACUUAGAUAUUGAGUUCAUCCUUCAACAUUUCAACCUGUGAUUAUUUGUGAAUGAAGGCAAAUGAAGAAACUGAAUUGAAUCUUAUAGAAGAACCGGAUUCUAGUCAGUGUUUGAAAAUUUUAUCACCUGUCAAAUGACUGUCAGAUCGCUUAUCCUGCACUUGUUUGCAGUCCCGCAAACAGAAAGCCCUGUAAUAAACACAUUAUUAGCGUCUUUUUUUUUCUUCAAUUUGUGAUCCGCGUCCUUGGGUCAUACAUUGAUGGGAAAAAAACUCGGUCUGUAAUUUACAGUACAGACCGAAAACUCUGUGAGACUUAUGUCUCGACAGCAUGGGUGGAAGCUACCAUCAAAUUCAUGGACCCUAAGUUCAUUCGUCGUAGUGAUAUCUAAAUUGAGACACUCUUUUAAUUCAAUCCAAUUUUUGCACUGCAGCUGAGAACAUCAGUGGCCCUGUGAUGUUGGAACAGUAUGUGGCCAUAGCUGACUACAAGAAACAAAACAGAAAUGAGGUCAGCAUGGUGGCAGGAGAUAUUGUGGAGGUUAUAGACAAGAAUGAAAAUGGUAAAUUUUGCAUAUUAUAUUUUCUACCUUGCCCAGUUUUUAAGAUAUGUUACAUAAGUGUAGGUUUUAGUUUGGAUUUGGUGAAUCAGAGAAAUCCUGUUGUGUGACUAUUCAAAUGAAACCUCUUCAGUAGUUGUCACCUCUUUUCAUCCUUAACUGUUGAAUUUUCAGCAAUCAGCCAAUUUGAUUUCAUGUAAGGUGUGACCAUUCAAUUGAAAGCCAGGCUUUUGAGCUUGAAGAGAUUUUUCAAGUCACGUCUGGGUAAAGAAUCCUAUCUUUGUAAUUCAGUACAAUGUACAAUCUGACGUUGUUCUUCUACAAGUUUAAGAGAGUUUGUAAUGCAAUUCAGUUGUAAUCAUGCUCAUAUGAUUAAGCAAAAUCAGAAACCUAAAGUCUUUGACUGCUGAAUGUCGGCCGUUUGUUGGCCCAUAGGUGGCCGACAUUUGGCCCACUCUCGACUGAGUGUCAGUCAACAGAUUUUUUAGGAGCUUUUCUUCCCAAUUACCAUUUUACUUACCCGUGUUUUACCUGUGUUAUUUGUUAGGUUGGUGGUUUGUUAACGUGGAUGAAGAGCAGGGCUGGGUACCAGCGGCUUACCUUGAGAGAGAGGACGGCUCACAAGAUGACUUUGCAGAUCAGCCAUGUGAGGCAGGUAUGUCUAAAAUGAAGUUGCACUGUUUUACUCCAUAAUUUUGCGAGACUACCCUCAAGAACAAUAAUCGACUGUGCACAGUCCCCUAUUUUUCUGUAUGUAAGAUCUUCUAGCACACCUACCCUUACUGGCAACCGCCUUGGUUUCAAAUGUACCAGGUCUAGUCUGGCGAUAAACCAAGCCUGUGGGGCAAGCGCAAAAAGAGGAGAGGGCGAUGGAGAAAAGAAGCACAUCAGUGCCACGCUAGCCUGUUUCAAGCAUUCAGAUAGUGAAGACGGGCAGAGUGAGCAGGUAAAACACGAGGUGGUAGGGUAGGGGUGAGAUUUUUCCUCUCUCUCGCUCUUCCACCAAAUUUUUAUCCUGUUCUCUCUGACUUCGCGCCGCAUUCCACUAUCUGAACGCCUGGACCCCGGGACCCGCCCCCUCGGUACAUUUGAAACCAAGGUGGCGGAAAGUUACAUUGAACGCUUGAACUCAACGAUCUUAUGGAAAAAUAAGAGAUCAAGAAAAGGAGUAAUCUCAGUACAAAUCCAGAAAGACAAGGUUUUUGAGUUUCUUGUUUAUCCUCAUUAUUUGUAUUUCUGCAAUCGACAGAGAAAUUCAUGACCACAUCAGCAUACAAAGCAGAACUUGAUGAUGAAAUGAGCUUUGAAUUGGGUGUAAUAGUAACCGUCCUUGAGAAAAACUUUGAUGGCUGGUGGCUUGUUCGGUGAGUUUAAUCAAUCAAUUCCUCUAUGUGUUACUGACCCUGCCUAAAUCCUGCCUGGCACUUUUCUGAACUCGUCUUGUGUUGUAUAUGAUGGUAUUUCCACUCCAAAUAGUGUUCAAGGGAAAAAUUCGCAAAAACAAAUAAAUUUCUUUCCUAAAAUCUUGAGAAAUUAAUAGUACCAUGCAAAAUUCCGGUCAAAGAGGUUUUAUUUGAAUGGUAACACGAUAGAGUUUCCUCCAAAUAUAGAUGUAAAAGUUAGACGAAUAAUGACCUCGCUAUAACGUUACCGUGCGUGCAGGGAACUGAAAUGAAGGAGGCGCAAGGUAUUAGUAGAGCUCUCGCAGCAUAGCGCCCUAGAUUACAAAAAUGGCACACCCGUUGAGAGCGAAAGUCGACAUACUCAACCGGCGAUGCAAGUACAAAGUAGCGUCAAAGGUUGCUUUUUAUACCCCGGGCAUUUUGAACCUGCUUUUUCAGUAAACUCCUGUUUGUUUGUAGAGUAAACUGCUAUUAGUCCCAAUCCCUCAGGAUUGUUGCGCGGACUGGCCUUUUUUACGAACGGAAAUUGCUUUUUCGGGCUUGGUUAAAUUACUUUUGCCUGUCGCUGCAUUCACCACAUUUCUCGUCUAACCAGCGUAAGGGACGAUUUCAACUAUACUAAAUGAGUAUACUUAAGGAUCCAGUUGUUCAAAAGGUGGAAAAAGCAAUCCACGGGAUAAAUCCCUGUCCAGUAGAUACGUUUUAGGAAAACCAAUUGCAUUAUCCACUGGAUAGAGAUUUAUCCGGUGGAUAGCGUUAUCCAUGGAUUUUAGAACAACUGGGGCCUUGAGAAGAUAGCCUGCGUGCGUAGUAGGCGUCGAAAGGGGAAGGAAGGGGAAGGGGAUUGGGAGGAAGGAAAAAGGAGGGGGGGUUGGGAAGGAGGUUAUUGCUUGAAAUUAAACUCAUGGCGUUUUCACGAAUUAUUAGGGAGCCUAAACAACUACGACGGCGACGGCUGCGGAAACAUCCCUUAAAAAGUGAAUUCACGCUGCCUCAAACUUUAACGUGCUUAUUCCAUCUCGUUCAAUUUGUCCAAUGUUGGCAAACUUCUCUGGAGUUCAAUUCUAAAGCACUGCUUCAAAGUACAGGAAAAGAAGAAGAAAGUCGUUGUCUUCUGUUCACGUCCUCUUCAAAACUCGAAAUUAGGCAUUUUCACGUCGUAGUCGUGCAGUGACGGCAAAGAAAUGUACAAAAAAGCGUGAUGCACGUGCAAAGUUGUUGUUUUGCUAAUCCAAACCUAUUGCUUUUGUGCCGUUCUCGUUGUCCUCGCCGUCGUCGCUGCUCUAGGGCCUGUUUACAUGGACAUGGGGGACCCCAGAAAGGUGAGGUAACAUGCGGCGGGUCACCCCACAUACCAUGUAAACGUGAUCAAAUUAAAAUGGGAGAUUAUGUGGACAAGAGGGUUACCCACCAAAGAAGGUUUAACCUCACCUACCUGGGGUCCCCCACCUCCAUGUAAACAGGCCCUAAGCUGAUAACUACACCGUCUCUUAAAAAAUUGCCUUUCUCAAAGCAGGUCAUUAAUUUUAUAAUUUUUUUCUGGCUUUUCUUCCAUAAGGUACCAAGAUCGUGAAGGUUGGGCUCCAGCUAUGUACCUUAAAAAACCAAACCCUUCGCAGCUUCAAGCUAUGGGAACUUCAAUAAAGAGAAAGGAUGAAACAAGCAAAGGAAGCGUACAGAGCGCCCCAAGGGUUUCUGGUAAGGCGACUUUGUCCUUAGUCAUCAGGCGGACAAGAUUUACUAAGGCAAAGGUUCACCACGAAAACUAUAAUUUAGAAAUUUUGCUAAUAAGGCCUCAGACACGGCAGAGGAACAUCACGCACGGCUCUGUAUUUUUAAAUACAGAGGCGUCCGGUCACCUCGCCACCAAUGAAAUCGCCACCAGGAAAUACAUAUCUUCAAAUACUUAUCGAAGUCUCAAAAAAGAAUUCUUUCACUUUAAAUUUACGGAGCUAAGUAUUAACCAAAUUUCAUAAGAAAGGCUGUUGGAUUUUAAACAAAUCGCAAGUAAGCCGUAUUUGGGUAUAUUAAGAAGUCUCAACCUGGUCUCAAUUAUUCACAAAAAAUAAAACUAAAGAUGAGAAUUUCGACGCAAGAUGUCAAUUAAAAUCGAUAAACUUGUAUUGAGGAAAAAACUAGCAAAUAAGCGACUCUUCUCCUCACUUUCUCAAAACAUUAAGGAUAAUCCUUGAGGCCCAUUAUCUCCGCCCCUGGGUACCAAAGACUUUUUAUGCGCGGUUUCCGGUUUCAGUCAAGUGUUUGUGACUUCGGCCUUCGUGUCCAACUCUGAAGCAUCCCGCCGCGCGACAAAAAUCCUUUGGUAUAGUACCCAUGGUAAUUAUCUCCAAAACUGAAGCGAAAACUAAAAAGAGGUGCAGGAUUAGGCCUCCUUCUUUGAAUCACCAGCCCUUGAAAUGGAUUUGUUUUGAUUUCUUUUCAAAACACCGACAUUUUGGAAAGUGAGAACUACAUAGGAAAAAAACACGCAACUUGAAACAAAUGUUCCCGUCGCUUAAAAUAAGUGUUGGUGAUUAACGACCACUCGUGCUCAAAUCAAGACCUUUAAUUUCCCUUGGAAUUCCGCAUUUUUCCUGCUACUGAACAAUGGAUUACUUUUUGUUAUCAAACAGAAUCCAAAAGUCGGAAACUGCCACCAAGAAAAAGCUCGGUAAGUGUUCUGCAGUUGAUCAUAGUCGAACAGUCGAAGUGUACGACAUACUCGGGUUUCGUAGGAGUGAAAAGUGAGAUCUUAAUGCAGAAUUAUUGUAAAUCAGUUGCUUUAAUCUAGAUUAAGUAAUGAGGUUCAAGACGUCUUGUGCAAGAGACAGAGGUCUCAUGUUGAGAUAGAAUGUCCAAGCUUAGCUCGUCAUGUCUCUUAUUAGGUCAGUUGGUUCAGCCGCGUGCUCGGGGACGAGGCUUUCGUGAGGGACUCGGCUGUUUUCUAUCUCCGUUCAGUAGCAAGCUCAUCACAUAUUGGAUAUUAAAUUAUUGUUAUCACACCUGAGAAUUACUGAACACAUUCCUUGCCUCAAAUAAAUAAAAACUAAUUGGCUUGUACAACUGGUGUUACUGAAAGCGCCAGGGCGGGUUUGGGGGCGCGAGCGCUGAGCGCGAGACACGCGAGAAAGGAAAAGUGUUAUUUUCCUUUUCCUUGCGUGUCCUGCGCGUCGCGUGCGUAUCCCUACGCACCAGCCUGAGCGCCCUCAAUUACGCCGUAUUGCAGGCUUAAAUGAAGAUUGUUCUCUGUCGGAAUUAUGGUAGUUUUCAAGGUCAAGGCUGCAUGAUAUAUAAGCGUUAUUUACCAAGCGUGUAUGAGGUCAUUAUAGCUGGAUGGUAGCCAAGUUCCUUUUUUGCCUCUGUGACGUUUGACGAUGCAAAAAACGCAAAAAAAAGUAUGAAAAAAGUAUCCAGCCAGGUUGACCAAUCAAAGAAAUAGACCAGGUACACACUUCUUGUCUGUUCGGAUAGCUAACCAAAAAUAGGAUUCGCUUCACCGUCGGAGAACUGAAAGCUUUGACUAGCUUCAAAUUUUUCUUUCUUCAAUUUUUUUAGGUUAAAAGGUCAGAGAAGAAGCUUCCUGUGCAUAUCACCAAUAUGUCCUAUGAGCGGUCACUUAAUUUACACGGAAGCCUUCCAAAGUCUCCUGAAGUGGAGUACUUUACGGUUGGUGACUUUCGUUCCUUGGGAAUCGAAGGCGCGUUAAACUUCACAGGAGGGGAAUCGGUGGAAGUUGUUGACAAAGCUCCUAAUGGGUGGUGGCUGGGUAAGAUUGGAGGCAAAGAGGGCUGGAUACCUUCAUCUUACCUGGGUAAAAGAGGCAAAGUGAAAACGUCUGAAAACGGCGUCUCACCUCAAAAUCAAAGACAGCGUGAUCGUCCAUUGCAAAACGAUUCGAAAAGAUGCACUCCCUCUUCAACAAACAAUCCCAAACCUCUGGCCCCUGUUUCUGAAAAGGCUUCUGACGUCCCUGCAACAUUUGUCGCUUUGGCGGAUUAUGACGGUGAUUUUGAAGGAAGUAUUUCAUUUAAGGAAGGACAAAUGGUACAUGUUAUUGAGGAGGAGCAGGAUGGGUGGUCAUAUGUCAAAAUACAAGGCAAUGAAGGAUGGGCUCCGUCUAGUUACCUGCAGGCUUCCAAUUCUGAGAAAAAGACUGCACCACCGAGACCAGCAGCCCCAGUGGGUUUACAACCUGGAAGGAAACCAAUGCCGCUUCCUGUUAAGCCUGUCACACCUGCCUCUAAACAGGAAUCUGUGUCUAAGAAACCAGAUCGUCCGGUUAAACCGCAAGUGAAACCACGUGUGAAGAUGGCCACUCCAGACGUGCCACAAAAGCCAUGGCGAGUGGAAACAGCGUCUGCCUCCUCGGAAAAGAUCAGAACGCUUUGCAAAGCCUUAGAAACGUUUUCCUCGGAUGAAGGUGAAAGUUUGUCAUUCUCUAAGGGAGAUGAGUUUGAAUAUUUAGAGGAUUCGGGUAGUGGAUGGUGGCUUGUGAAAUCAAGGGGUGGAAAACAAGGAUGGGCACCUGCCUCAUAUCUAGAAAUAAUCAAUACUAAACCAAAAGUACCAACAAAACCGACAAGACCAGCAAAACCAGCUCCACCCAAAGAAAAUAUCCAGAGUAGCAAAGCUGCCUACGUAGCUGUGGCGGGUUACUUUGAUGAACGAGAUGAACAAUGCAUCAGUUUCAAGGAAGGUGAUAAAAUGGAAGUGCUUGAAAUGGACGAGGGGGGCUGGUGGCUAGUGAAAAUCGGACAGAAAUCUGGCUGGGCGCCGUCUAAUUUUUUGAAGCCUUUGUAGAAAAAUUGUAGGUAAUUUUUUUUUUUUCACACCGAAAUAGGUGAGUGCAGUACCCAAAGACACUGACAAUGAAAUUAGUCGAUUAUCAAUGUUUUGCGUAAUACACGAGAAGACAUUUAGAAACUAAACUACGAGUAUUCCCCCAUUUUUCCUCAGGGAUAGUAGAGCGAGCUAAACGCGAGCGGGCGUGAAAAUCACCCCACGCCUUUUCUCGCGUGGGGUGAUUUUCACGCGCGCUCGCGUUUCGCUCGCUCUACUAUCCCUGAGGAAAAAUGGGGGACUACUCCUAGUCUAUUUAGAAACGAUUUGUUUCAGCUAUUCGCACAUGUUCAUUAUACUCUGAUCAAUUAAAACCACGUGGCUAUUCUGAACAUCGAAAGAUUAUAACAAAAUUCGCUUGUCUGAAAAUUUGAGGUUGAUAUAACUCCGUCCAUUUUCAACCUCAGAAUAUAACUGACAAAGAAUAUAUCAAUAGUGAACUUCCGCAAUAGGACGGAAGAGAAAAGAAGACGGCAAACCUUAUCUGACAAACGUGACAAUAAUUUGGUUUGAAAACACUUUCCGCCAAACUUACCUUCCUUUAAACAGAUCCGUUUGAAAAGACCAGAAAUCGUUAAUGUUAAGUGAAGAUCACGACAAAACACGC